CCCUGUGGUAUGGUCUGUGGUGGCGCUCGCGCGCUCUUUUCCGCGCUGAUUUUCGCGGAUUCUAGUGGUGGAAGGCGUCAAAACUGGGCGCGGGCGUUCCCUUGCGCCUCUCUGCCGGUUCUUCAGGGACCUCCUGGCCUCGGCUGACCCUCGCAGGCUGGAGGCCUGCGGGUUAAAAGGCCGCCGAAGGCGGCCACGGUUCGUUCCAAGAGCAAGCAAGCCGAUGCCCAAGGGUCUGGAGGGUGCAGGCCGCACGGCUCAGGGGGUCCAGCCUCUCGCCUUUUGCCGCCUUCGGAGGCCUUCCGCAUCCGGCGCAUGUAGGGCGCAGGCAGGCAGCUGGAAGGGGGCGGAGGCGGUCCCUUGGGCCCCUUUUGGAGCCUUCCAUCUUCCUCGGAGGUCUGUAGGGUGCCGCCAGGCUGCUGGAAGAGAGCGGAGAAGGCCCCCCUGGGCCCCUUUUCAGGCCUUUCACCCCCGGCAGACGGCUCCCGCAAGGGUCCGGGGCUACCGGUGCCCCGCCCUGCGCUAG